GGAGGGAGCGCACAGCGUGCGCGCGCCCUCUCCCUCCUCCACCGCUGCCGCCUCCUUCUUCUGCCGCUCCUGGUGCUGCUUGUGUGCUCGUUUGGUGCGGACCUGGUACCUCUUUUGUGAAGCGGCAGCUGAGGAGACUCCGGCGCUCGCCAUGGCCGACGAAAAGCCCAAGGAAGGAGUCAAGACUGAGAACAACGAUCAUAUUAAUUUGAAGGUGGCGGGGCAGGAUGGUUCUGUGGUGCAGUUUAAGAUUAAGAGGCAUACACCACUUAGUAAACUAAUGAAAGCCUAUUGUGAACGACAGGGUUUGUCAAUGAGGCAGAUCAGAUUCCGAUUUGACGGGCAGCCAAUCAAUGAAACAGACACACCUGCACAGUUGGAAAUGGAGGAUGAAGAUACAAUUGAUGUGUUCCAGCAGCAGACAGGAGGUGUCUACUAAAAAGGGAACCUGCUACUUUACUCCAGAACUCUGUUCCUCCAGACCAAGAAGACAUUCUCAAUUAGAAAACUGCAAUUUGGUUUCAACACAUCUGACUACUACAGUAUAGUUUUCUCUAUUCUUUCAUUUUCCCCUUCCCCAUUCCUUUAUUGUACAUAAAGUAACUGAUGUAUGUGCACAA